AUGGGAUUAUUAGUAGAUAUAGUAUUACAAGGUUGCGGUACAACAAAUAAUGGAAACACAGCCAGGAAGUUUUUUAAAAAUGCAGAAAAAUCGGCCGAAAUUACUGGUUUGAACAUCAAUUUAAUCAAACGAUUUGGAACGAUUUUAACUGUCAUGGCAAGUGGUUAUGAAAUAAAUACAGAUGCUUUUGAAACGUAUGGUAUUCAAACAGCUAAACUGUUUGUUGAACUCUACCCCUGGUACUACAUGCCUACAUCUGUACAUAAAAUUUUGCUUCAUGAAGCUGAUGUUAUCCGGCAUGCAAUUUUACCAAUUGUUUUAACAAAGCAUCAACCAACUACAAUGAUGCCUCAUUAUACAUUACAAGAUAAAGUUAAAAAAAUUAAAGAUGGAAAAAUCAAAUUUGACAGCAGCAGUGCUUCAAAAGAACUAGGUUGCUAUAAGAAAUUUUUUAAUUUGGAACAAGAAAAUGUACUUGCUGAAUAUAUUAAAGACAUGGAAAGUCGCCUUUUUGGAUUAACUCAACAAAGUGUUAGGAAACUUGCUUUUGAGCUUGCAGAUAGAAAUGGUAUACAACAUACAUUUAAUAAGAACACUGGCAUGGCUGGGAAAGAUUGGCUAAAAGGUUUUUUAAAUAGGCAUUCUGAGCUGUCAGUGCGUGCUCCAGAGCCUACUUCAGCUGCUAGAGCAAUGGGAUUCAACCAGCCAGUUGUUAUGCAUUUCUAUGAUCUAUUAAAACAAUGCUAUGAUAAAUAUAAAUUUUCUGCUGAUACAAUUUUUAAUGUUGAUGAAAGUGGCCUAUCAAAUGUUGCAAAAAGUCGUGCAAAAAUCAUUGCUCAUAAAGGUAGAAAACAAGUUGGAAAGUUAUCAUCAGCAGAACGAGGUCAAAAUGUCACAGUUACUAUUUGUAUGUCAGCUUCCGGUAAUUUUAUUCCUCCUCUUAUGAUAUUUCUAAGAGUGAGAAUAAACCCUGAUUUUAUUGAUGGUGCGCCACCUGCUACAUUGGUUGUGUGCCAUCCAUCUGGUUGGAUGCAGUCACAUAUUUUUGUUCAAUGGCUAGAACAUUUUAUUAAACAAACUAAUCCUACAGAAUCAAAUCCAGUGCUUCCACUAUUAGACGGACAUGCGACCCAUGUUAAGAAUUUAGAUAUAAUUGAUUUGACACGUAAGAACAAUGUAAUUAUACUUUGUUUUCCCCCACAUACAACUCACCGUUUGCAGCCACUUGAUUUAUCAUUUAUGGGGCCAUUAAGUACUUUUUACAGUCAACAAUUAGAUUAUUGGUUAGUAAACCAUCCUGGACGUGUCGUUGUACUUCGCCAAAUAUCAAAAAUAUUUGGAGAAGCAUACAAGAAAGCAGCUAAUAUUAGAAAUGCAUGUUUUGGUUUUAAAAAGACUGGUAUUUUUCUGUAUGACCCAGAAGUAUUUACUGAAGCAGAUUUUGCAGCCGCCGAAACAACAAAUCAAAUUCAAGAACCAACAAGACCUGUUGUAGCUGCAUAUCAUAUAAUAUUCCAUUGA